UGACCUUGAUGUAGAACAUGACAGCGGUUUAUUAAUAUUUGUUGAAUUGUCCAGAGUUUUGUGUUUUUUUCCGAAAUUUUGCUUUAUUUUAUCGGUUAUUAUUUUUUUUUUACUUAACCAGGUUCCGAAUAAAGCACGAAAUGUCUAAUGAGUCUGUUAAAAGUUUUUCUAGCUUAGAGACCCCAGGUUAUGUAGGCUUUGCAAAUUUACCUAAUCAAGUACAUCGAAAAUCCGUGAAAAAGGGUUUUGAAUUUACCCUUAUGGUCGUAGGUGAAAGUGGAUUGGGCAAAUCUACGCUCGUGAAUUCACUUUUCUUGACUGAUCUUUAUCCUGAACGAAUAGUUCCGGAUGCUAUUGAAAAAGGCAAACAAACUGUAAAAUUAGAUGCAUCGACUGUAGAGAUAGAAGAACGUGGUGUAAAACUUAGAUUAACAGUAGUUGAUACUCCAGGAUAUGGAGAUGCUAUUGAUAACACAGAUUGUUUCAAGGCCAUAAUUCGAUACAUAGAUGAGCAAUUUGAGCGUUUCUUAAGAGACGAAUCGGGCUUAAAUCGAAGAAAUAUCGUUGAUAAUCGCAUACACUGUUGCUUCUAUUUUAUUUCACCAUUUGGCCAUGGGUUGAAGCCCUUAGAUAUAGAAUUCAUGAAACAAUUACAUAAUAAAGUUAAUAUUAUUCCUGUAAUUGCAAAAGCGGACGUUUUAACGAAAAAAGAAAUGCAAAGACUUAAGAACAAAGUGAUGGACGAAAUUCGGGAUAACGGCAUAAAAAUUUACCAGUUACCAGAAUGCGAUUCAGACGAGGACGAAGAAUACAAAGAGCAGGUUCGCCAAUUGAAACAAGCGGUACCAUUUGCUGUUUGUGGUUCUAACACAAUGAUGGAAGUAAAGGGUCGUAAAGUGAGGGGUCGCUUAUAUCCGUGGGGGGUAGUUGAAGUUGAAAACCCCGAGCAUUGCGAUUUUAUCAAACUUCGUACGAUGCUCAUAACGCAUAUGCAAGAUAUGCAAGAGGUCACCCACGAAGUGCAUUAUGAAAAUUAUAGGUCAGAGAGACUUGCGAAGGGGGCACCCCCACCUACGCCUACAUCGAAACGCAACACGAUUUCGGAAAAUGGUUCAAUAAGCGAAAAAGAUCGCAUUUUGGCUGAGAAAGAGGCGGAACUUAAAAAAAUGCAAGAAAUGUUGGCUGCAAUGCAAAAGAAAAUACAACAGCAGCAAUAAAAGUGCCAAAAGACAAAGGAGCUGUGCAAGAUUAUUAUUUUAAUAUUACUAAUGACAAAAGAAAAAAAGUAAAAAGGGACCGUUCCUUUUGCGACGAAUAUAUUAUAUAUAAAUAUUUACGUAUAUGAGUAUGCAUAUCGCUAUCAUUUAAUUACUUACCUUAAAUUAAGACGUAUUUUUAUAUAAUACGUAAAAAGAAAUGAAUACUCAUUUAUUGUACUUAAUUAAUAAGCAUUCUAUUACCAGUAUCAUUAAAAACUUCAGAUUUGAUAUUUUUAUAGGUAUUAUAUGUGAAAAAAGAACAUAAAUUUUUAUUAUUUAACCUUUGUGGAUGGUAUGUUUGUAGGUAAAUGAGGCCUGAUUCAAUUUUAAUGUGUUUGGUGUUUUUGAAAACCUUUACGCCCGUUUAUUGAAAAUUUUAAAACUAAUAAAGAGUGUACGUGGUAAAAUUAA